GACAAAACCAACAGAAAUAGGGACAUGGUCAAGACAAAGCAGUAUACAGCUACAUAAUGCUUCAACUAAAGGUCACAAGAGUCCCAAUGUAGUUGUUGUAACCAAACACGAACCCCCGUUUGUGAUACGCGAGGAGACUGAGAACGGAACACAGUACACGGGGUUCUCCAUGGACGUGUUCAAGGAGAUCUCACGGCGUCUUGACCUCGACUUCACGGUGUAUGAACCCAGGGAUGGACAGUAUGGCAAACAGAACCCUGACGGAACGUGGACAGGACUGAUGGGUGAAAUACUGACUGGGUAUGCCGACAUAGCUGUAGCGUCCAUGUCCAUGACAACUGAGAGAGACAUGGUAGCCGACUUCACAACUCCAUACUACGAAUUCGGGGGCUUUCAAAUCCUCAUCAAGAACAAUAACCCGGGCACAUCUCUACUGGCAUUUGCUAACGUGUUUUCCGGGGAGGUGUGGGCGUGUUGGGCGUCCGUCCUUCUCCUGUCGGGUCUCCUCGUGUGUGUCUUCGAACGCUUGAGUCCCUUCAGUCCCUACAACAAGGAUCAGCAUAAGGCACGGAAGAAGUUCACUGUGAAAGAGGGACUGUGGCUUGUAACGGCGUCAUUUCCCAUGGCAGGUCCGGAGUGCACUCCUCGAACGUUCUCGACUCGUAUGCUGGUUGGAGGAUUCUGGUUCUUCUGCAGCAUCAUGAUGGCCACCUACACGGCUAACCUGGCAGCCUUCCUCACCACAUCCAGGCUCAGCGUCCCCAUAGAGUCGCUUGAUGACCUCGCAAAACAGAACACAAUCAAGUAUUCCGUGGUUCAAGGAACGGUGAUCCACGAAUACUUUCAAAGGAUGGCGAAAAUAGAAUCGGAUCUUUACCAGGAAUGGAAAAGCAUGAGUUUUUACACCAAGAACAUAGGCACCUCUCGUACACUGCCCGCUAACUAUGCUGUGUGGGAUUACCCACUGGGGGACAAGUACCUCACGAUCUGGAGAUCCAUCCAGAAGACUGGCUUGAUAAAUAAUACUCGUGAAGGCAUUGCCAAAGUACUGGCAGGUAAUUUUGCCUUGAUUCAUGAAUCGCCUAUGAUACAAUACGAACUCUCCAAACACUGUGAUUUGCUUGCUGUUGGCAAACAGUUCAGCAGCAGAUCGUACGCAUUUGCUCUGGCAGAAGGUUCGCCACUGACCCGCAUCAUCUUAUAUACGAUAUUACAACUGCAGUCCGAGACUAUUCUGGAAACUAUGAAGACGAAAUGGUGGAAGAACGGCAGUUUGACAUGUUCCCAGGUUGAUGAAAGCGGCGGCCUCACAUUUCACACUGUCGGUGGCAUCUUCGUUGUUGCUAGUGUCGGCAUUGGACUUGGAGUAAUUGCCCUUGGUCUAGAGCGUCUGUGGGCAUCAUUGACAAGGGUGCCGAAAGAGCAACAUAACACUCAAGUAACGUCGCUGAAUGGCCAAACAAAUCUUGCCGCUGACUUCAACCCGGGGAUCAGUUAUCUUGCCAAGGAGUUCUACGGUGAGGAGGGCACGGCCGACAUUGACGCUAUCACACUGGAGAUGGCGCGAAUGUAUUAGUUGAAUUUUCACCAUGACUUCAAGCCAUGUAAAUGCCCAUAGAGAGAAUUUAUGGAUGUCAACUUCUGUAUUAUGAGGAACACAACGUUUCGGGGUAUAUGCUUACUCCUUCAUCGGGUGAAAUGUCAACUUCUUUAUUAUGGGGAACGUUUCGGAGUAUAUGCUUACGCCUUCAUCGGGGGAAAAGACAUUUCACCCGAUGAAGGAGUAAGUAUAUACUCCGAAACGUUGCGUUCCUCAUAAUAAAGAAGUUGACAUAAAUAAAUUCUCUUCCUUAAGUGUAUCACUUCUAAAUGCCUUUCAAACACUAUGUACAUGCAGUUUCAUUUCUUCAGGUGGCGGUUUAUAACAGAAACGUGCUUGAACAGACACCAUUUACUAAGUAUUAUGCUUAUAUACAUCCAAGAAUUUCAUAAUCAUUGGUAGAAUAGGUCUUAAGCAACCCAUACUUGCCGUGAAAGGCGACUAACGGGAUUGGGUGGUCAGGCUCGCUUACUUGGUUGAUACAUGUCAUCGAUCCCAAUUGCGUGGAUCGAUGCUCAUGAUGUCAAUCACUGGGUUUUCUGGUCCAGAUUCGAUUAUUUUACAGACCGCCGUCAUAUAGCUGGAAUAUUGCUGAGUGCGGCGUUAAACAACAAACUAACAAACAAAUCAUAAUCAUUGAGGCUGUUUCAUUAUUUCUAUUGCAAUAUUCUAUUUGCUACCACAAUACGAAAGUAGAAAUGUGUGACCACUUUGCUCCCUUCAUAUAGUCGUCCAUAUUUGUGGGCGAUAUGGUAGCCUAGUAGCGUUCGCUCGUCACGCAAAAAGACCAAGGUUCGAUUCCCCACAUUGGUUCAAUGUGUGAAGCCCAUUUCUGGCGUUCACCGCCGCGACAUUGCUGGAAUAUUGCUAAAAGCGACGUAAAGCUAUGAUGCUUAUGCCCUCACUCACACACAUUUGUGAUGCAUUACAGGAAUCCAAGAAGAAUGUAUAUUUUACCAACACUAUGCGCAUGUAAAUAAACAUAACUAUAUCUAAUAAAGUUCACUUUGAGUAUU